CCCGUUCCUUAUCGACGAUGCCCGGAUGUACGGUACACGAUAUGGAGAGAAUUUUAUAAGAAAUAUUUGCAGUUUUGUCACUUAUUAAGCGACUGAAUUCAUUGUCAAAUUCUAGCGAAUAAAUGAUGGUUCGAAAGUAUGAGAAAGAACGUGUGUGUGAAUGGUUUAAAACACUGGAAGCACCCGAAAGAAUCGAAUUAAUGUGCAGUCUUAUUCAACAUUGCCAUCCUUUGGAGGUUCGUUUCUUCGGAACUUGUAUUGAAGAUAUGGCUCGGAAAGAUUUUCUUUCCCUACGUGCUGAUGAGACGAACGCUAACAAGUUAGACGUUGUCAACAAACUAAAUGACAUAAAUGAUCAACAUGUCAGAUCUCAAUUGAUACUAUAUUUGUCCUUAAUGCAUACUACCAAUUCCAAGUGUGCAAACGUCUUCUACGAAACUUUAAACUCCAUAGACUUGUCGGCUUACGCCGAUAUGCCUUCUAAGUGCACUGAAGGUGAAGUGCACGAAGACAAUAAGAAACACCUUCAAGACGUAAUAAUGGCUUAUACUUUGGCAGGAAAUCAUCCUGCCAUAUCCGUAGGUCAGCGACAGGUCAUGAAAGGACGAAUGGAGGCUUUGGAUCGCAUCUUGAAAAAAUGUUGUACAGGAAAACGAAUGAACGAUAGGAAUUCCGCAAAAUCACCAGUAGAACCUAUACGUUGGGUUAAUCGUGUCGAAGUGACAAAAUUUGAUCAAAGUCGACGUAUUUUCUACUUGAAUGUCUCAUGGUCAGACGGAUCUCAAAAAGAAAUAAUCAAAUCACAUGCGGAUAUGCAUCAAUUACAAACGGAGUUAAUUAUACGUUAUCCGGUAGAAAGUUCUGAUCUUCUAUUGGAAGUAGGACCAUCUGCUUCUGAAAUGGAUGUUGUUACCGAUGUACUUCGAAAUCUGCAUAAACUACCUUUCCACAUACUCAGUCACAAAAUCAUCGCACAGAGAUUCGAUUCGAGUUACACGGAAAAUGUUCGAAGUCCCAGAAAACAAAACUCUAAAAGUGACUUUUUGAAUGUUGAGCAAAACUCUAGUAGUCCUUCUGUUUCUCCAGCAUCUUCGGUCGAGUCUAAUUUAAAUAUCGCACCGAACAUUUACGAGUUACUCAAGACUAAUCGCCUUACUAAGUACGCCUCUAAACUGCAGGAUUUCACUCUUAGUGAAUUAAAGGAAAAAUCUAAGGAUGACUUUUUAAAUUUGGGUAUAACAAGUGGAGCUAGUGAAAAACUGUUUAAAAUUUUUCAAGAUGCGCAACAAAACGGCGAUUUGACGGAUAAUGAGGCAACCGCCAGUGGUUUUACUUUGGUCCCGUCAUCAAUGAGGACUGUAGGCACAACAAACCUUUCCAUGUCGAACAUGGUCAUACAACGGCCGAAUUAUACAGCGACGAAUUCAACUACUUCUAGUCCAGCACCGCUCACUUCCUCUUCACCUCAUCCAGAUAGUCCGGUUGUUAUGGUAUGGCCUAGACCGGGCGCCUCCAACGGAAUUUUGCAACCACCCUAUCAUAGCGCUAUACAACCGAACGGAAUACCCCAAUUCCAUACUGACUUCUUACCUUACUAUUUCCCUUAUUAUUCCUCUCCACAAGUGCGACCUUCAGCGAGACACUCGUCAGGACGAGGGGCAAAUAUUAAUAAGAGUAACACUUGUUUUAAUUGUGGUCAAUUUGGACACAAGGCAUCAGUGUGUCAAAGUCGCACAAUGGAUGAUAUGACGACUACGAGUAGGUAUCAACUGAGACCCCAGCCGAAGCAGGAAGAAGACAGCUAA